AUGUUCAAGAAAAAGUCGAACCAAUCUCGCAGUCCCGAACAGGCCGGAUCGAAUCCGACCUCCAGAAUGCAUUCACCCUACAUGUCCAGAACGACGAGUGAGGAGGGCACAGAUCCCAACAACUCGAAUUCAACAUCUGGAGCUCCCUCACAAUCGCACAUGUCAUCCGGCAUAUAUCGACUGCUCUCUUUCGUAUCUGCCAAUAACAGAAACAGGACCGCUCCCACCUCGCGCGGCGACAUGAAGGCAGCUCCAGCAGAAGCGGCGUACGAGCCAUCCGUAUUGCUGAUUGUGGCUGGAGGAACUAUUUGCAUGCAAGACUCGGCCGAAGGACUGGUCACCUCAAAGCUCUUCCUCGAUGAGUGUCUCACGCCCAAGCCACUCUUCAACGAUGGAACGCCGGUUCCUGUAUCGCCUGUGGUGGACGAGCAUGGAGUCUCGCGCGAAGCCCCAACUCUCCAACUCCCUCGAGACAGGAACGGCGCGAAUGUGCGAUGCACGGUACUCGAGUUCAAUCCACUUUUGGACAGCUCUACCGCCCAUUCGCCGACGUGGAAUCAGCUGGCUCGAGUGAUUCGAUCAAACGAAGCCAGUUACGACGCCUUCGUGAUCUGUCACGGCACAGAUACGCUGGCCUACACAGCUGCAUCACUAUCGUUCAUGCUAAUGCCCAAUCUCGAGAAAACGGUUGUACUCACCGGAGCACAGCGUAGCAUGUUCUUCGCUGACAGCGAUGGCUCRGACAAUCUCCUUGGCUCCAUUGUUCUGGCCAGCCAUCUGCGCAUCCCUGAAGUGGCCGUGUACUUUGGUCACAAACUCCUUCGUGGCACGCGCAUCACCAAAAUCAGCGCUUCGAGCUAUUCCGGCUUCGAGAGUCCAAAUGCUGGACCACUAGCCAGCGUCUCCGAAACUGGUAUUGUCGUUCACUGGGACAAUCUCCAACAUCCUACACCUACGAUGACAGCCAAAUCAACCAAGGACGUGGUGGAAGUUGACAGCAGCAAGGUUGUCGUACUGAAAAUCUACCCAGGAAUCACCUCCGAGUUGGUUGAUAUCAUCUUCUCCUCACCCCACAUCCGCGGUGCCGUUCUCGAGACUUUCGGCGCUGGAAACAUGCCUCUCUCCAUCAUUCCUACGCUUGAAAAGGCCGUCAAACGUGGCGUGGCUAUUGUCAACGUCACCCAGUGUCUGCACGGAAGUGUGAGCGACGCAUAUGAGCCAGCACGCAAAUUGGUCGAGGCAGGUAUCAUGCUUGGGUACGAUAUGACCAUGGAGGCGGCUUAUACCAAGAUGGUAUAUCUGCUCGCAUGUCCCGGUCUCAGUCCCGAAGAUGUUCGCAAGAAGAUUUCGGCGAAUAUCCGGGGAGAGCUGACUCCGCCAGAGCCUUCGAGCAUUGGGAAUGGGCCGUUCUCCAUUGCGCAGCUGCCUAUUCGAUAUGAGCGGACUAUGCCCGGCCACUUGUCGGUUGACUAUGGACAGCAGACUCCACUGUGA